CUCCUGGAUCCAUUGUUUCGCUUUUCUGCCUCUUCCGGGCAGGUGCCGGCGGCGCGAGGGGCCCUCACGUGCCACAGCGGCCGCUGGAGCGCUGGAACCCUCGGGCGCCGGCAGGGGCGUCCCCGGGCGCGCGGCGUGAGAUGAAGUACCUGAAGCCGUGGUGGUCCGACGGCGGCGGCCUCCUGCACCUCACUAUCCUGCUGAGCUUGGCGGGGCUCCACCUGGAUGUGGAACUGGACCUCUACCUGCUGCUCCCGACGCCAACCCUGCUCCAGGAUGAACUGCUGGUCGCGGGCGGCCGGACGAAUCCCGCAUACGCGCUCAGCCCCUUCCCGGGCUCGGGAGGGUGGGGGCGCGCGGACCACCUUCACCCCAAAGGCCGGGAGCCGGACCCCGAGGCGGAGCCCGAGGGCCAGCUGCUCCGGGAAGUACGCGCGCUGGGGGUCCCAUUCAUCCCCCGUACACGCGUGGAUGCGUGGCUGGUGCACAGCGUGGCGGCCGGGGACGCCGACGGGGCCCACGGGCUGCUCGGCGCCGCCGCUGCCUCGUCGGCCGAAGGAGUCGGCGCCAGUGCCGACGGCGGCGGCCAGGCUGCGCCGGAGAGUGGCGGGGACCCCCGAGCGGCUCCGAGUAGCCCUUUGGCCGCUGGGGAGGAGGAGAAGACACCGGCGGAACCGACGGCUCAAGUGCCGAACGCCAGCGGAGGCGCGAGCGAGGAGAAUGAGGUACUAAGAGCUAUGGGGCACAGUUCCCAGCAUGAGGAAAAUGAGCAAAGAGUGUCAGCCCCGAAGGAAAAAUCAUUACAGAAGAACGAAGAUGAAAAUAAAAUAGCAGAUAAACCUGAGUGGGAGGCAGAAAAGACCACUGAAUCUAGAAAUGAGAGACAUCUAAAUGGGACCGACACAUCUUUCUCUCUGGAAGACGUUUUUCACCUGCUUUCAUCACAGCCUGAAAAUUCACUGGAGGGCAUCUCACUGGGAGAUCUUCCUUUUCCAGGAAGUAUCAAUGAUGGCAUGAAUUCUUCACAUUAUAAUGUAAAUUUUAGCCAGGCUAUCAGUCAUGAUGUCAAUCUCCAUGAGGCCAUGUUGCUGUGUCCUGACAAUACAUUUAGAAGAGAUUCAGUAGCAAGGACUUUGCAGCCUCAAGAACCGUUUCUGCAGUUCAGUUCUCAGACCACCAAUCUUGAACAGACCCUUCCUGGAACUAAUCUGACAGGAUUUCUUCCACUUCCUGACCAUCAGAUGAGGAAUCUAACAAGCCAAGACCUGUAUGACCUUGAUAUAAAUAUAUUUGACGAGAUUAACUUAAUGUCUUUAGCUACAGAAGAAGGUUUUGAUCCAAUGGAGGUUUCUCGCUUUUUUGAAGAACCAGAUUCUGAUUCUGGACUUUCCUUGAAUUCAAGCCAUGAUAGCAGCUCUAUCACCAAGUCUAAUUCUGUGUGUGCAGGUGCUAUAGGUUCCAGUAGUCAUCUUGAAUCGCUUUCCCACCAUGUCUUAGAAGGCGCUGUAGGCGGCUACUGCCCAGAGACCAGUAUACUUUGUCACGUGGACCACAGGAGUGCUUCUGGUUUCCAUGGCGACCUUGCAUUUCAACACCUACUCCAUAACCACACUUACCACUUACAACCAAGUACACCAGAAUCCACUCCUGAAUCUUUUUCAUGGCCUGGGAAAUCACAAAAAGUAAAAAGUAGGUACCUGAAUGACACAGACAGAAACUUAAGCCGUGAUGAACGCCGUGCUCAAGCUCUGCACAUCCCUUUUUCUGUAAAUGAAAUUGUCUGCAUGCCUGUUGAUUCUUUCAACAGUAUGCUAAGCAGGUACUACCUAACAGAUUUACAGGUGUCACUCAUCCGUGACAUCCGACGAAGAGGGAAAAAUAAAGUUGCUGCUCAGAACUGUCGUAAGCGCAAACUGGACAUCAUUUUGAAUCUGGAAGAUGAGGUAUGUAACUUGCAAGCAAAGAAGGAAACCCUCAAGAGAGAGCGAGCCCAGUGUAACAAAGCUAUUAACGUAAUGAAACAGAAAUUGCAUGACCUUUAUCAUGAUAUUUUUAGUAGGUUAAGAGAUGAGGACGGUAGGCCAGUCAAUCCAAACCAAUAUGCUCUUCAGUGCAGCCACGAUGGAAGUGUUUGGGUUGUACCUAAGGAACUGGUCACCUCAGGCCACAAAAAGGAAAACCAAAAGGGAAAGAGAAAAGGUGAGAGAAGAAACUGAAGAUGGGACCCAUUAGUAUGUAUAAAGUGAUGUUCAGAAGAUAAUAUGAUCAGUUUCAUAGUUCAAGUGUUACCAAGUAACUGCAAAAUCAGACUUGUGGGAAAUCUGGGGAAAGCCACUUUUCAUGAAGUCCUACAUUAUAUACACAAUUCAUCAAUUAUGUACAAAUAGAGUGACAUGAAAAUUUGGUAUGGUAACUUCAAAGAGCAAACAAUGUAUUUUAAAAUGUAUUUCAGUUGACUUUAAAUGCAAAAUAACUAACAUUCAUUUAGUACUGAAGUAUAUAUUGAGCUUUUCAAAAGCUAUUUUAAUUUUUAUGAAUAAAUUAUACCUUUUUCUGUGAAAAUAAAUUUUGUAUUCAAUUUAUAAAAAUUCUAAGCUUAUUUACCUUGGAUGUUUUUCCUCCAAAAUACCCAUUCAGGAAUAUAGGCUAUCUAGCAAAUAGGGCAGCAUGUUAGACCCAAGCCAAAUUGAACUUAAUGUGUUAAAAAAGUGAUACAGGAGCUGAGAGAAAAUACUGAGACUAAAAUAUUACAUAAACUAUACAUGGCCAAGCUCUAAACCAAUAUUCAGCUUUAAUGGCUGAGGACAUCAGGUUUUAGAGACAGGACAGAGCUAGCCUGUGUAUAGUAGCAAAGUAGAACUCCCUGGCAGGUAAAGCCAGCCUAUAUGUCUCACAAAAUGUCACAUGGCUUAAUGUAGUAACAUUACAAGCCAUACAAAAACCAACAAGGGAAGUGCCAGUAGAUAAGUAUAGACUCUACAUAACCAAAGAACUGGAAAUGCUGAAACUCUAACGAAUAGUAUUGAAAUGAAAAUGUUAACAUGAAUAUAUUAACUUCAAAACAAGGAAAAUCAAGAUUGUCAGACAUUUCUACACUAGAAUCAUUUGCCUGACAAUGUAGAAAUCAGAGAACUGCAGUGUAUUGAGUGGAUUUUUAUAAUACACUUGCCAUUUUAAAUUGAGCCUACGCAUUUCUUUCAAGCCCUAGAUUUUGCCACCAAAUGCUUCUAGAUACAAUCACUCUUCUGACCAGUUUUGUACAAUGAUCACUUAAGAUAGGCUUUUUACAAGUGCAUACCCCAUAUGCCUUCACCUUUGGUAGAUUACAGCUUUACGGCACAUUACCAAAAAUUAUUUCAAGUCUACAUAUGUAAACUUACACAGCACAACUUACUUGG